AUGUACCCAGCAAAGCCAGUAGUUUCAAGUACAGUCACAUAUCGCCUGUUCCAGCUGUAUAAUUUUACAACUCUUCAGUUUCACCCACACCCCGUAACCCUCAGGGACAUUCAACCAAUACAAUACACUAGGGACGAACUGCUCUAUAGUUCGCUUCAUUUGGCGGCAAUCAUAUUCAUUCCACAAAGCCUGAAACACUCGCAAAACUUCCGCACCUGCAGGCAAAUUCCCGCUUUCGGAAUACUUCGUGUGCAGAUCAAAACAGCAUCGGAAUGCGUUGACCCCUUCCAAACCUUAGGGCUCGCAGCAAAAAAACUCACCUUUGCCAAACAAUCAAUUCAGUUCGCCCUUUGUUUCUCUCUCUUUCUUGAACCAACCCUUCGCUAUAUACCCAGAGCAAGAUUCGUUGCGAAUUGCAAGACUCACAAACCACUUUCCACCAACCACCACACUCUUUUAUUCUGGUUCGUGCGAUUCCCGGUCUUGUUACUCAAAUCCACAACAUCACAACAAACACCAUAG